CGCGGCGGCUGCUGCAGCGGCUGCGACUGCGGCGCCCGCUGCUGCCCUCGGCCUCCGGCAGCUGCGACCUCGCCCCGGCCCCGCCAUGGUGUCCUGGAUCAUCUCCCGCCUGGUGGUGCUCGUCUUUGGCACUCUCUACCCAGCCUAUUCUUCCUACAAGGCCGUGAAGACCAAAAACGUGAAGGAAUAUGUGAAAUGGAUGAUGUACUGGAUCGUCUUUGCUUUCUUCACCACGGCCGAGACCCUCACAGACAUUGUGCUCUCUUGGUUCCCCUUCUACUUUGAGCUGAAGAUUGCCUUUGUGAUCUGGCUGCUGUCGCCCUACACCAAGGGCUCCAGCGUGCUCUACCGCAAGUUCGUGCACCCAACUCUGUCCAACAAGGAAAAGGAGAUUGAUGAGUACAUCAUCCAGGCCCGGGACAGGAGCUAUGAGACCAUGAUGCGGGUAGGCAAGAGGGGGCUGAACCUGGCCGCCAAUGCUGCUGUCACUGCUGCCACUAAGGGCCAGGGGGUGCUAUCUGAGAAGCUCCGAAGCUUCAGCAUGCAGGACCUGACCCUGCUCCGGGAUGAGGAUGGACUGCCCCUGCAGGGCCCCGAUGGUCACCUCCACCCCAGCAGCCUCCUGGAUCCCAUUGAGGACCGAGGAGACAGCUCCCUCCUGAGCAUGAGGACCAGCGCAGGCUCUGCCGACCCUCGCACAGAGGCCUCUGAGGAGGACCAAGGAGACAAGGCCCCUAAGAAGGUCAAAGCUGUCAAGAAAGUACCCAAAGCUGAGCCACAGGCUUCUAAAACCCUGAAAGCCCGGCCCAAGAAGAAGACCUCCGGAGGUGGGGACUCAGCAUGAGUCCCUCAAAACUGCAGGGCCAAGAGGAUGCUCCAGAGGGCCCAGGCCCUUGCUCCACACUCUGCCCAGAGCCCUGCUCUCCCCAGGGCCCUCACAGGGCUGCCUCCAUCCUACCCUGUGGCUGCUGCUCUGGAAGGACUUGGGAAAAGGGGGAGCCCAGCUGUGGGGGUUGAGGGUCAAGGCUGCAGGAGGGGCCUGAGGGGACUCCUCGGAGCCUGAGCUGCUGUUCUCCCACUCUGGCCUCGUCCCCACCCACCCAGUGCCUUGCUGAAGAUCAUGGCCACCCCCAGAGGUCCUCGCAUACCCCCAUUGUAGGCGGGGGACCGUCAGAGCCCCAUGGCCCAGGGCUCACGCAGAGGCCUCAGGGAGCUGGGCCAGAGCUGCAGGCCACAGCCGAGAGGAGCCCAGGGCUUGGCAGGUGCUCCCAUACAUGACAGUGGGCUGUGUGCCGUGAUCCCCUGAGAAGACACAGGUUCCAGAGGUGCCACAUGUGAGCAUAUGUGUCUCAGUCUUAGGGGUCAGGGGGGCUGGAGGCUUUUCCCUCCAGCAGGGACUGCCCAUCCUCAGUCACAGCAGUGUGCUGGCUGGCACCCCCUUGCCCAUUGCUCUUCCUUACAGCCCCUAUCACCUCCCCGGCCCUCAGCCCCCCCCUUCCCUCAACCUUCCUGCUCUCCCCAGAGCUGGGUUCUCCCCACCUCAGGCCACUAUAGAGGCCCCCCCAGGAGCCAGCUCCUCCCCACCUGCACCCCUGCCUGUGCCAAACCCACUGGGCCUCAGGAGCAGAUCCAAGACCCUACUCCUGCCAGACACACCCUGCCCCAGCUUCUGCCGCAGCUCUGGUGUGAGUCAGGAUGAAUUUGUGAAAAAGAAAAGGGGCGGGGAGUCAGAAGGUGCCAUACCCAUGGGCACUUUGGUACCAGUGAGCCAAUAAACCGUUACUCUGACCCCUCA